AUGUACGGUCUGUUCUGGAUGCUGGUGGGCGGUCAGAAGAACAGUCAACCAGAAACAAACACACUGCCGCCAGCACCGACCGGCACGCCCGCACAAGAAGCCGCUUAUGAGCGCGCGCUAGCAGAAAUCGCCUCCUUCACCUCCACCACAGACGAAUACGGCUGUCCGGGCGCAGCGCUGGUCACUAUCGGCACCGACUGGGGCACGCGCUCGCUCGGAGACGCUCUGUUUGACUACGCCACCCUAUGGUCGUUCUCCCGCCAGUUCGGUCUGCGCGGCUGGCUGUUGCCGACCGCUGGAGAUCGAUUGGCUGCCCACUUCGGCAGCGUCAGCCUGCCGACGCUGCCACCGCACUGCGAGCCGCGCUUCCAGCGGUGCACAAUGGUCGCAGAUAACUGUCGGCGAAUGCGCGACAAGCGCAACCGCAACAUCUGGAUCGAUCCGGAGUCGCGGGACGCGUCUCUGCUGGACGCUUUUAGACUGGAGCUGCGCCGCGAGCUGGAGCUGUUUGAGCCGCCGCGCCGGGCCGCGCAGCUCCGUCUCAGCCGGUUGUUGCGCCGCUGCGGCAGAGACAGCGUUACACCGGUGGGAGUGCACGUGAGCAGCGCUGUCCUGGACCCGUGGCUGGUGCAGGGAGACGACGACAGUGACAACAGUGCCGUCGCUGCCGGCUACAUCCGGAGGGCGAUGGCGCACUACCGGCGCAUCCUCGGUGACUGCCUCUUCGUGGCGGUGUGUGACGAGCCGGAGUGGUGCUCCGAACAUCUAAGGGCUCCAGACGUGGUGGUCACGGGCGGUGGCGGUCCGGACGGCGCCAUGGCUGACCUGGCGCUGCUGACCGCCUGUCGACACACGGUGAUGACCGCCGGUCCGUUCGGCUUCAUGGCCGGGAUCCUGGCCGGUGGCCAUCUUGUGGCCCCGGCUAACGUCAGCGAUCCUCAGUUGGGACUCGUAGAGCCUCUGAGGCAAAUGAAAAACUUGAAUAUCACUCUUCUGAAUGUUUUUGGUGAUUGAUGCUGGGCUGCCGCAGCUGCCGCCAUUUGACAAAAAAAUAGUUAGUGUUUGCAAUUUGAUGUGUAAAGGUAGGUAAUAUGACAAAGCCCUGGACCCGGUCCACCGGGAACACAUGAGUACUUUUACAGUUUAUGUUACUGUACACAUAUGUCCACUGUUAUGAGUGACUACUGCCUGUCAGAGCCCGCCCGCUUACUAGUGAUGAUAGUACCUCAUUUUCGAGGUUCUGUGCAUUUCGACUCAGUCAUGAAUAUGAUCUUGGUCAUGAUCUAUACCUAGCUUGUGA